AUGGGCGAUCAAGACAUUGCUUUUCGCUUCAACAUCUGUGAGAUGAGGAGCUUUCAUUUUGCCGUGGGCUAUGUUGAUACGAUCGACAUGGACGAUGAUGACGAUGAUGACGCAUGGUGCUCAGAAAUACGGGUUAUGAGACAUGCUUUCGGUGGUGGUGGUGUGGCCUACGAGCACUUCUCUACACGCACCCAGCUGCCGCACAAGCUGCUCGACGUGAGGCCUCAGGAGCGUGUGCUACAGGAGAAUCAAACAUCACCAUCCUCCGUGUACGCGGAAGAGGUACCCUUUCUUGAAGGAGGCAUUUUUGACAUGGCUAUGGUAAGAUUGGGAGCGCUCGCCCUAUCGCUGGAGACGGAGAAAGACUUGGGUGAUCCGAUGCGCGGGCAAAGAUCGGAGAGAGAGAGAGAGGGAAUAUUGCAGAGGGGGCUGAGCGCGGGUGUGCACAGGUCUGCCAAGAUAUUGGCAGUCGAGCGUUUAUGCGCUGGUCCCGGCAUGUUUCGGCCGGCAAGGGUUCUUUAA